UGCGCCCUGCUGCACCCCAAGAUAUCAACCCUGCGAAAUGGAUGUAAGGUUUUAUCCCGCUGCCUCGGGGAGCUCCCUUCCCGGAGACCCUUCCAGUCUGGACUUUACCCAGUGUUUGGGUUACUACAGCUAUAACAAGUUUGGCAACAACUAUAUGAAUAUGGCAGAAGCAAAUAACGCAUUUUUUGCAGCGAAUGAGCAAACAUUCCAUACGCCAAGCCUUGGCGAUGAAGAGUUUGAGAUUCCACCAAUUACGCCACCCCCUGAACUGGAUCCCACGAAUUUAGGGAUGGCUGACAUCCUCCUGCCUUUUCAAGGCCUCAGUGAUCAGUUGGGAGCCCAAGGAAAUGAAUUCACACCUCAGUUUCCACCCCAGAGUUUGGAUCUGCCUUCUAUUACAGUAUCUCGAAACUUGGUGGAACAAGAUGGCAUCAUCCAAAGCAAUGGAUUACAUAUGGAUCACACCCAUACAGGGAUGCCUCAGUACCGUCAGGACCAUUCUUUGAUCAUGAGAUCUGUUGUCCACAUGACGGAAGCUGCUCGUUCAGGAAUUAUGACUCCUAACCAACUUACUACUAUUAACCAGUCCCAGCUAAGUGCUCAACUGGGAUUAAAUCUAGGGAGUUCCAACUUGCCACACACAUCUCCUUCCCCUCCUGCAAGCAAAUCAGCAACUCCUUCUCCGUCCAGUUCUAUCAAUGAGGAAGAUGCAGAUGAUCCCAAUAGAGCUGCCGGAGAAAAGCGGGCUGCCCCGGAUCCUGGCAAGAAGCCCAAAACGCCGAAGAAAAAGAAAAAGAAAGAUCCUAACGAACCACAGAAGCCCGUUUCCGCGUAUGCCUUGUUCUUCAGGGACACGCAAGCUGCAAUUAAAGGCCAGAACCCCAACGCUACCUUUGGCGAGGUUUCGAAAAUCGUGGCCUCUAUGUGGGACAGUUUAGGAGAAGAGCAAAAACAGGUAUAUAAAAGAAAAACAGAAGCUGCCAAGAAGGAAUACCUUAAAGCCCUUGCAGCCUACAGAGCUAGUUUGGUGUCCAAGGCUGCUGCUGAGUCAGCGGAAGCCCAGACCAUCCGGUCUGUCCAGCAGACUCUGGCCUCCACGAAUUUGUCUUCUUCCUUGCUUCUGAACAGCCCUCUUUCGCAACACGCCACGGCCGUCGCCUCCCCGCAGACUCUCCAGCAACCCCUCCCCAGGGCCAUUGCCCCCAAGCCUUUAACCAUGCGGCUGCCCGGGAAUCCCGCCGUGGCCCCCGCCUCCAUCACCCCGACAAACAUUUCCCCCUCGCUGAUCAGCUCCAUGGCCGGCAGCCUGGCCGCCACCCCGGCCUCGGCCCCCUCCCAGGCCAGCACUUCCUUGCAAAGCCAGCCGCAGCACCAGCUCCAACAGCUCCAGCAGCUGCAGCUCCAGCAAAUGCAGCAGCAGCAGCUGCACCAGCAGCAGCUGCACCAGCAGAUCCAGCAGCAGAUGCAGCAGCAGCAUUUCCAGCACCACAUGCAGCAGCAGAUGCAGCAGCAGCUGCAGCAGAUCCAGCUCCAGCAGUUGCACCAGCAGCAGUUGCAACAGAUGCAGCAGCAGCAGCAGCAGCACCCGCCGCAGCCUUCCCCGCAGCAACUUUCCCCGGCUUCCUCGCAGAUCACCUCGCCGAUAGCGGCCAUUGGCAGCCCACCCCCAGCCAGCCAGCCGCACCCAUCCCAAAUACAAGGCCAGACACAGACUCAGCUCUUAUCGCAGGCCGGUAUUUUCUGAAGACGCACCGAGUCGCCCGGGCUUUGCGUCCCGGAGGAAGCGAAGCGGUGAAUCGGGCAGAAACUGCGUAGGGUCAACGGAGAGUUUAUGCAGGAACGCAUAACACAUAAAAGAGACUUCUAAGCUGUCUAUUAGAUAGGCAAUAAAAGAACUACAGUGUAGCUGGGUAUAAUCCUUUAGCUGAAUUAUAAAUAUUUUUUUUUCCAGCGUCCCCUUCCCCCUUCUCUUCCUCCUUCCCUUCCCUUCC